AUGGCCGAAUAAAUAUAAAAAAUUAUCUAAAAUUUAGUAGGAAACAUCUAAAAUGCUGAAAUACAAAAGUAAGCCGAAAAUAGCUUAAAACAAAUUUCAUAAUAAGACCCAAAUUCUUUUGUAAUAAAUCUCUUAACAUUAUUAAAACAUUCCGAAAAUAAAGAUAUAAGAACAUUUAUAGCAUCUCACCUUCGUAAAAUAACCAGUAAGUUUUCUGAAUAAUCGUUUACUUGUAUUUGGGAGAGUUUAACACCUGAAACUUAAUCUGCCAUAAAGCAAAUAUUAUUCGAACUUAUAAAAAUCGAGUAAACCUCUUCAAUAAGAAAUCUAAUAAGUUCCUGUAUAGGAGAAUUAGGUAGUUCUUUAUUAGAAGAUACUUAAAAUAACUAAUGGCCUGAACUUUUACCUUAAGUAUGGUAAUUAUUUUCUUAAGAAAGUAUUCAUUUAUAGGAAAGUGCCUUUAAAAUUCUUUCUAAUUUAUUAACUUUUGCUAGUGAAAAUUUCGAGAAAAACCAAAACGAACUAAAAGUUUUAUUCCAAAACGGCUUAAACAACUCCAACACAUAAAUAAAAGUCUCCUGCAUAGAAGCCAUAGGAGCCUAUAUAUGUGUCCUUGAGCCCAAAGAAUAAAAAAACUAUUAAUUCUUACUUCCUUUAAUCUUCUAAAGUCUAUAUCAAGUGACAUAAACUUCCCAAGAUGACGGAAUUAAAAUUCUUGAAGUUUUAAAUGACAUCGCCGAAACUGAACCAAAAUAUUUCAAUGAAAAUUUCGAAGAUCUAUUUUCAGUAGUCUGGAAAUUAAACAUGGAAGAGAAGGAGAAAACCGAAAAAGACUUAAAAGAAAUCGGUACUGAAACCAUAACCACUAUAAUAACCCGUAUUCCAAAAUUAAUCCGCCAAAACCCGCAAUAUAUAUAAAAGUUGCUUGAACUAGUCUAUUCACAUAUGGUAGACAUUGAAAAAGAAAUCGAAAGCGACUGGCUCUCUCCAAAAGAAGGUUUCAGUGAAGAAAUAGAAGAAGACUCCGACUUCGAAUCUGUCCGUUUUGGAAUGAAUACUAUAGAUAAAAUAAUCGAAUCCGUUGGAGAUAAAGAGACCCUCCCAGCUUUAUGGGCUAUAAUAGGUAAAUUAUUAGAAACUUAAAAUGAUUGGAGAUAUAUUUAUGCAGCAAUAAUGUCCUUAUCACAAGUAGGUUAAUACGUCGAAGAAGAUACUGUAUUAAAAUCCGUAAUUGAUAAAAUCUUAGUUUUUCUCUAACACUAAAACCCUAUGAUUAGGUAUUCAGUAUUACACACAAUUAGUUAAAUAUCCGAAGACGCAAAGCCAACUCUAUAAGAAUUAUAUAAAUCCAAUUUGACAUAAAUAUUAGUCUAAUAAUUAAACGAUUCAGUCCCUAGAGUAGUUUCCUAAGCCUCAGAAGCCUUAGCGACUUAUUUAGAGGGUUUAAAAUCUGAAGACAUAGACUAGACUUAAAUCGAGAAAAUCCUCUAAGACCUUUUCUUAUUAAUAAACAAAGGAAUUUCAAUCGUAAAAGAAAAAGCCGUUUUUGCUCUCGGUUCUCUAAUAGAAUUAUCUAAAGAUAAAUUCCUUAAUUACUUCGAUUAGUGUAUGAUUUCACUCUUUGAUAUUUUCAGUUAAUAUACAUAGAAAGAAUACAGAUAAUUAAGAGGAAAUACUAUAGAAUGUAUAACUUUAGCUUCAUAAGCUGUUCCUAAGGAGAAUUUCUCGAAAUAUUUAGAAAAAAUAGUAUAGACAAUUAUUUAUUUAUAAGAUUAAUAAAUAGAUUCCUAAAAUAAAAUUGACCCUUUAAAAAGUUACGUUUUAACCGGCUGGUAGAGACUCUCUUUGAAUUAUUCUUCAUAAUUAGUUUCUUAUUUACCAAACAUAAUACCCGGAAUAUACAAAUUAGUAGAAUAAAUAGUAAUUAAAAAAACUGAAGAUGAAGUCGAAAUUUAUAACUCAGAUGAUGCUGAAUUAGCGCUAGGAAUGUUGGAAGUUUUCAUAUAAGAAUUCGGCUCUAACUUCUCUUCUUAUGUAGAAUAAACAACUAAACUAAUCACCCCCUUAUGUACUUAUAGAUACUCAGAAAAUAUUAGAGACACAGCCUCUAAAUGUCUUCCUGGUCUAGUAAAAUGUGCCGAAAAAGAACCUCAUAUUUAACAAAAUAUCGUCAGAUACUUCAUCGGUAUACUCUGGGAUGCUGCCAAUAAAGAAUAUGACAGCGAAGUGAUGAUUGCUUAAAUAAACGCGAUGAAAAGCUGCAUCGAAAAUACAGGAGACUUCAUGACUUCAGAAGAAUUAGUCAAUUUAUCCUAAAAAACGGUAAAGCUUUUGCUUGAUUCGGACAAAAGAAAAGCCGAAUCUGAAAAAUGGAAAACCGAAUAAGAAGUAGAUGAUGACGAAAAGGAAAUUUAUGAAGAAGAAGUUCAUUUAGAGGAAGAUUUAUAAGUAUAAAUAGCUGAACUAAUAGGAGUUUUAUUCAAAACCCAUAAAUAAAAAACUUUGCCUUUUGCCCAAGAUCUAUACUCUGAAGUUCUUCCUAAAGUAAUAGAUACUAAAGUCUCUGAUAAAAUGCAUAAAUUCGGUAUUUUCCUAAUUGAUGAUAUGGUCGAAUUUUUAGGCUUCGAAUUUUUAGGAGAAUAAAAAUGGGACGAAUUCCUAAAAGCCUUAAGUCAUUUUGUUUUAGAUAAAAAUAUUUAAGUUAGACAAGCUGCAGCUUAUGGUUUAGGUAUUUUCUCAAUAAAUACUCCAGUGUAAAUUUUCCCUAAAUAUUCAUCUGUUAUAUUAAAAGCAUUAUCUGAUAGCGCCUAAAUUGCCUAAGGAAAGGAAAAAGAUAAGAAUUUUGGACAUUGUAGGGAUAAUAUUAUUAGUUCUAUAGGAAAAGUCUUAAGAUAUUAAUUCGAUAGUGUUAAUGUGGGAGAACUUUUGCCUUUUUGGGUUAAAAACUUGCCUUUAAAAAAGAUAAACCGGAAGCUUUUUUCAAUCAUAAAUUUUUAGGCGAGUUGGUGUUGAAUAAAUUUAAUCUAAUUUCUUAAAGUGCAGAUUUGUUAGGAUUAUCUUUGAGAGUUUUUGGUUAAGUUUAUGAAAGUAAGCUUUCUAAUGAAGAAAGUAAUUAGGUUAUUAAAGAAGCUGUUAAGGUAUUGGCUUAAAAUGACUUUGUUAAAGCUAAUUGGAGCACUAUUGUUUAAGGUUUGAGUGAUAGUUAAUUAAAUAAAUUAAAAUCUAUUUUUGCUUGAUUUUUAUUUAUUUAAUAUAUAUAUAUUUAUCUUUUAAGCGUUUUUAAUAAUUUUUAUUUUAAUAAAUUUAUAAUAUACAUAUUAUUUAAA